AUGGACACCCAUGAAUCCAAGGAGUGUCUCAAGGAGGCUACGAAUUGCCUUCUCUUCCCCCGCCCCCAUCAAUGCCGCCCGAUGCAGACCAAUUACACAGUGGCGACGUACCUGAGCGACUGCAAGGAGAACAUCCUCGCGGAGAUCUGGAGCUGGUUCCAAUCGUCGGUCAAGCCCAUGGGAAGCGGAUGGCGCGAUCGCUGCCUCAAGCCGAUGCACAUGCAGAUGUUCGAAGACAGCGUGGUGAGCCUCACCGACAGGCAAGGAAACACGGUGGAUAUAGCGGAGUUUGCAUGGAACAUAUUCCUCGUAGAGGAUCGGUGGUGCCUCCUGAAGGUGGACCGCGAGAGGAGCACCGCAAAGAUCAAGGAGGGCACGUCAUUCCACGACCCUGGUUACAUGCCCGAGCUCAAGAGGGCAGGUGCGCAGAGGGUUCAUCUCGUGGGAUACGCCAAGUCUUACAUUCACGACCUCGUCGCCGUGCUCAACGCACAGCAGAGCGCACAGCACCCGGCCAUCCUGCAGGCCAUCGCCGAGGUGAACGGCAACUUCCCAUUCCAGUUCCGCAAGGAGAUCAGCGGAGAAAUCAUCCCCAUCAAUGACAGGCAGGCAGACGCCGUGACUAGCAUGCGAAGGCGGGUCGAGGGAAUACAGGGGCCACCAGGAACGGGGAAGUCAACAACCAUCUACCACAUCGCGCAUGGAUGCAUCCCGUUGAAUCACAGGGCCAUCAUCGUUUGCAUACAGAACAAGGCUCUCGAGAGCAUAGUCCUGAAGCUGCAGCAAGACAAGGACCUCAUCUUCAUCGUCUAUGGUAACCCAGACAGGCUGAGCUCGGCGAGCAAAGAUUACACGCUCGACGCAUGGGUGAUACGCGAUGCAAAGGUGGUGGCCUGCAUGGACCGGGCCGACAAGCUUGAGGCGAUCACACAGAGAAUGGAGAUAGACCUGUACAAGAAUCGGAACAAAGUGCGAGGCCUCGGCCGUCGUCACUGGAGGAAGUGCAUGCAGGCCAUUGCGGAAUCCACCUUCAUGGCCCUGCAGAUGGACAUCGAGAGCCUACGCGCCGAGUACGAGAGGACAUGCACGGAUCUGGACGAGCUGAUCGAGACAACGAGGGAGAGAUACAUCAACCAAUGCAGGGCCUUUGUGAGCACGGUAGACUCCGUCUAUCAAAUCGAGGUGAGACACCCCGCCGUGCUCGUAAUCGAUGAGGCAGGAGUCAUGCCAGACUACAAGAUGCCGUUCCUCGUCCUCUCCAAUCCCAUACAGGCAGUGGUGGCCAUCGGCGAUCAGAACCAGCUGACAGCCUUCUCCUACGCCGAGAACUUCAACAGCUUCUUCCACCGCCUCACCGCAUCGAGGCACGUGCCCAUGCUCAUAGAACAAUACCGCAUGCAUCCAACCAUAUGCGACAUGAUGGAGAUCCCCGCCGCCUGGUGGGUCCAGUGCGUGCUGCUGGACGACACCGUCAACGUGGACCUGCUGGCGAGCGCCGGGGCGGACCAGAUCCCCUGCGCCGGCUGGACCAACGCCAAGACCCCCGGCUACCAGCCCAAGACGCGGUGA